AUGGAUGGCGGUAACUUCACCGGAUUCAAGUCGCUCUUGAAAGCAGGAAAGCAUCUCAAGCUCGGAUUUCCCAUCGCAGAGAUCGAAGCCAGCGGCGAGUUCACAAUUGCCAAAGAGAAAAACACCGGAGGAUGCGUGACAGUCGAAUCCUUGACAUCGCAACUCAUAUAUGAAAUCCAAGGCCCAUGGUAUCUCAACUCCGAUGUCGUUGCUGACCUGACAGGAAUGAACCUGGAACAAAUUGCCCCGGAACAAGUCCGGGUAACAGGCAUUGUGGGCAUGCCACCUCCCCCGACGACAAAACUAGGGUUCACCACUUUCGGAGGAUAUCAAGCCGAAUUCCAUGCUUUCAUGACGGGACUCGAUGUUGACGAGAAGUGCAAGUGGACCGAAGAACAGAUCCGAGAGGCCAUUGGUGAGGAUAUCCAUCGGUUCACUCAACUGAGAUUCCAUCGUAUUGGGUCCCCGUCCCUUGAUACUACCUGUCAGGAUCAUGCGACUGUGAUGUUUCGGGUCUUCGCGCAGACUAAAGACCCGGAGAUCUUGCGGACUGAUGUACCUAGAGGUUUAUUCAGAUGGUGCAUGUCGACGUUUCUUUCUAGUUGUCCGGCCCUAACCCCCAGCAACGACCCCCGACAAGUCCAUGCAAAACCAUACUACAACUACAACACCGGACUCCUUCCUCAAUCUGUCCUAAAUCAUAGAGUGCACCUCCUCGCAACUGAUCCGAAGAAAAUCAUUACAAUCGACCCACCCAGCGUGACGCAAACAUACGGCACCCAGCCUUCCCACGAAACAGAAAACCCCGUUGAUAUCUCUGCCUUCGGGGAAACAGUCAAAGCCCCCCUGGGUUUCGUCGUCUAUGGUAGAGCUGGCGACAAAGGAGCCAACUGCAAUGUGGGCUUUUACGUGAAACACCAAGAUGAAUGGGACUGGCUUAGGACGUUCCUUACGACGGACAAGAUCAAGGAGCUGCUGGGACCCAUUGAGUAUUCGGGGAACCAAAUUGACCGAUUCGAGAUCCCUGGUGUCAGGGUGGUGCAUUUCUUGCUCCAUGAUCAUCUUGAUCGAGGGUAUAAUUCUUCUUCAAGUUGUGAUGUCCUGGGGAAGAAUACGUGCGAGUUUCUGCGGUCGAAGACGGUCGAUGUUCCCAAGGUGUUUUUGCAGCGUUAUUAG